AUGGACGAGGCGACAGAGCUCCAGGCGGUGCUGCAGGCCCUGGCGGUCGCCGUUGAUUGGCGGACGGAUCAGGCGUCUCGUGCUGGGGCCACGGAAUUCCUCGAGAAGCUCAAGACAGAGGAGGAGCCGCACCGUCAGGCGUCCCUAGCAGCUCACCUGGUGAACGGCGACCAGCCCGAGCAUGCCCGCCUCUUCGCCUUCCAGCUGCUGCAGAACGUGGCGCGCAACAAGUGGCAGCAGUUCCCCGCGGACGAGCGGCGCAGGCUGGCAGUGUACGCGUUUGACUUGCUCAGGCGUUGUGCCGACAUUGCUGGGGAGCCCUGGUCCAUCCGCAGCAAGGCGGCAGCACUCCUGGCUGAUAUUGUGAAGCACGAGGGGUCAGACCUGUGGAAGGAGAUGCUGCCGUCUCUGCUUGCUCUCUCUGCCGCCAGCCCCAUCCAUGCAGAGACGGUGGCUCUUGUGCUGCAGUUUGUGCCAGAAGACGUGACAGUCCAUAACGAGGAUAUAGAAGGCAACAAGAGGCGUCAGCUGUUGCUCGGUCUCACAGCCACGCUACCGCAGAUCCUCCCCUUCCUCUACUCGCUUCUGGACUCUAACUUCGCAGCAGCGCUUGCAGACAUACAGCAGAGCAACGUGGAUGCAGCAAGGCAGCAUGCAGCAGCCGUGACAGCGGGCCUGGCAGCACUGGGGGCAUAUGCGGAGUGGGCGCCUGUGCCUGCAAUUGCGUCCGCUGGCUUGCUGAAUGCCUGCGGUUUCCUCCUCGGCUCGCCUGAUUUCCGAAUGGGAGCGGCAGACUUUUUCAAACACCUAGCGGCCAGGCGAGCCCCUUCAGACGACCAGGAGGCAUUCAACGCCGCCAUGACAUCAGUCGCAGAUUCUCUAGUGUCUGCUGCUGACGCCUCUCUCGAUCGCAUCACCGCCUCUACAGGCACCGCCCCUGCUUCCUCUCCAAGGGAAGCAGGGGGUCAGGCGGGGGGGAUGGCAGCAGGAGGGGGAGCGAGGGGAGGAGGGGGGGCGGGGGAGGUGGAUGAGGGGGAGGUGGGGUUUGCAGAGCGGCUGUGUGAGGCGAUGGUGGCGUUUGCGCCAUCGAAUCUCAAGAGAGCUGCUCAGCAGGAUGAUUCCAGAUACGCCAAGUUCUUCCACACGGUGGGUUCUUUCUGGUGGUAUGAUGUUUCAUCCCGCACGAUGCUUCGCUUCUUUGAGUGCAAGUGCUUCUCCUUGCACGCCCUGGCGCUGCAACUCUGGCAGGUGUUGCUGAGGGAGUCGGCACAGAGCACGAGCGGAGCCAAGGACAAGCGCGCCGCAGUGAUUCUCGUGCCGCCCGACUUCUGCCUGAGGCUGCUGGACGUGGUGGCGGAUCACUUGCCUAGGCGGCCAGGCGAGGGGGAGGGGGAGGAGGAGGAUGGGGAGGGGUGGCAGGAGGAGUUCACCAACAGUGGGGAUUACGCCCAAUACAGGAGCCGACUGAUGGACGUGAUUCGUUUGGUGACACAGCAGCAGCCGCUGAUAGCAGCAUCCAAGGUGGCCUCUCGCAUCGAAGCCGCUGUUGCUGCUGCCACCUCCGCUCCCCCGCCACCCAAGGUUGUAGCGGUGUUGGAGGGAGCGCGGAUGCUGGAGGAUGCAGUGAUGACUGCUGUGCCCGAUGCUGUCAUGGCAGCAGCUGCUGCUCACUCCACCAACCCUGCCAUCCUUGCUGACGACCUUGGGCUCAUUGUGGAAGGUGUGCUACAGCGCCUGCUGUGUGUGCAGUGGAGCGACCCUGUGCUGAUAGAGCUGCACGCACACCUGCUGGACGCGUUGGGUCCCUUCCUCAAGCACUCGCCGCCCGCUGCUGCGCUCGUCAUUCCCAAGCUGUUUGACCUCCUCAGCUCCCUGCCGCCCACUCCCCUGGGAGUAGAGCCCAUGCUGCGCCCAGAGCGCAGUGACGACCGCCUGCCUCGCCUGCAAGUGUGCACGUCCAUCCUCCGUGUGGCGCGCUCUGCUGAUGUGGCACUCGUGCCCAUGCUCAAGGUGAUGAACAUUCGGCAGCAGCAGCAGGCGGCAGUGCAGCUGGGGCAAUCAAAUUCUCAGACGCCUCACAAUCUGUUCCCUUACCCCCCGUGCCCCACCCCUCUCCCAUCCUUUCUCCUCCAGGCGAUGGUGGAUCAGGUGAUGAACAUUCGGCGGCAGCAGCAGGCAGCAGUGCAGCGCGUGCAGCGCAUUACAACUCGUGCCCUUCCCCUGCCCCCCUUAUUUCCCCCUUUCUCCUCUCCAGGCGAUGGUGGAUCAGGUGAUGGGCAUUCGGCAGCAGCAGCAGGCGGCAGUGCAGCGCGUGCAGCAAACACACGCAGCCCCAGUGAAGAGGCAGCAGUGGUCGAAUGGCUGCUAGCGCCCAUCCGCGUCCAAUGGGCGGACGCCACGUGGCAGGCGCGCUACCUCUCCUCCCCGGCAGCCCUGGCAGCACUCCUCCUGCACUCCCCCGGCUCUGGCUCCCAGGAGGAGGCGGACUGCUGGGCUGUCUACCACACCACCAUGCUGCUCGAGCGAAUCAGCUCAAAAAGCAGACCCAGUGAAGAAGCAGCCGUGGUGGAGUGGCUGCUCGCACCCAUCCGCGUCCAAUGGGCGGACGCCACGUGGCAGGCUCGCUACCUCUCCUCCCCGGCAGCCCUGGCAGCACUCCUCCUGCACUCCCCCGGCUCUGGCUCCCAGGAGGAGGCGGACUGCUGGGCCGUCUACCACACCACCAUGCUGCUGGAAAGAAUCAUGCGCCGCGCUGCUGCUGGCGGGGGGAGUGGUGGGGGAGGGGGAGCGGGUGGAGGGGGAGGGGGAGCGGGAGGGGGGGGGGUGGCGGCGACGCCGCCGCCUUCCCCUGGGGUUGUGGGGGUGGCGGAUGGGGUUGGGGGGGAGAGGGGGGUGAGUGGAGGGGGAGGGGGAGGGGGAGGGGCGGUGCACUGUGUGAGUCCGCACCUGCACUGGAUCGUGCCGCCUCUGCUGAGACUACUGCACUGCCUGCACGCCCUCUGGUCACCCCAGGUGCUCGCCUCCCUCCCCCCCGCGCUCGCACCAGCGCUGCUGGUGGGGCAGCAGGAGAAGGCAGCAGUGCUGGGGCAGGCAGGCGUGUCAGGCAAGCAGGAGGGCGUGCCGCUGCCGCUGGGGGGAACCGCGGGAGGAGGGGGAGCAUGGGGAAGCGGAGCCGGAGGGGGAGGAGUGGGGGAGUGGCAGCGGGAGGCUGCUGCUUUGGCCAUGAGGCGGAAUUGGCUCAAGUGUGUGCGGGAUAACAGUUACGGCUUCCUUGGCAUGGCAGCAGCAAACGCGCCAGCAGCCUUCUUCUCCCUUCCCGAGCCUCCCGUCCCGAACCUGCAAUCCUUAGGUUCGGUCUCACCCCAGCAGCAGCAGUUAGUGCUGGAGGUUCGGGCCGCACUGGCCGAUUCCGUGGCUAGCAUGGAGGCUCGGCACCUGCGACUGCUGCAGAAGCUCGUCCUGCUCCCAUUGGUCAAAGCCUGUCCGCCGAGCCUCUGGCCGCUGUGGCUCGGCACGCUCCUGCCGCCGAUCCUGAUUCACUGCGACCAAUGGCUGACUGCCACGUGGCAGAGAUUCCUACAAGAAGGCCUGUGUGGGGGAGGAGGGGGAGGGGAGGCGGCAGGGGGGAAAGCAACUGCUGCUGGAGUGAGUGGGGGUGGUGAGAGUGAGAGUGAGAGGGAGAGGAGAGGAGGGCUAAAAGAUGAGUUGUUCCACGAGAAAAUACUAAGGGACCUCACAAGGGAGACAUGCGGCCUGUUGGCUCUCUUCCCUGUCUUGCCUCAGUCGUCCUCGUUACAAGCUGUCUCGAUUCAAGCCACGGCUUCUGCGCUCAUGGCUGGUGUCACUGGUGGUGGCAUUACUACUGGUGCUGCUGGUGCUGCUGGUGCCGGUGGUGACGACCGGAUGGACAUGCAUUCAGUGGCAACCGCGGCUAACAGCUUACUGCACUUCCUCUUACAGCACCACCCAGAGGCAGCAGCAGCGUGCAUCAGAGUGGCAAUGGCAGCAAUGGAUUGGCCCGACAGCGAUGCCUCUCACAAGGCUGUUCUCUUCAACUCAGGCCUAGUGCACAUGCCGGAGCUCCUCGCCGAGCCUGCCGCCCCGGCUUCCGAGCCUCCCGCGCAGCUUCGGGAGAUGGUCGGCCGGACCAUGUUCGCAGCAGCGGUGCAGGCGCUGACGCUGGAGUCUAAUGCUGGGAUUCAGGCGCAUAUUGUGGCAUUAUUGAAGGAUAUUUACCUUCGACUGGGUCCUUUGACCUCUGCUCCUAGAGAGGUGCUCCUUUCUCUCUCCAUUCCACCAGAGGCCCUUGCUUCCUUUGAAGCAGCCCUAAAGAGUACGGGUAGUGCAAAGGAGCAGCGGGCAGCCUUUAGAACUUUGCUCACAGGCGUGGCAGGGGGGCAGCUGAAAGCUUUUUCUGCCCAGAAGAAUCCCACGACCAUCUCAAAUGUCUCAGGUGAGUACACCCCUUAUUUCUAUGAUUCCUAA